AGUCACGACACUCAAUUGUCCAUAUGAGAACGCAAAAUUUUGCACCACAACUAGCGUCAAUGGCAGCAGGCACGUCACUAUGAAUCUGGCCGAGCCUUUCGAAAUAACCAGAACGCUCAAAGAUGAGACCUGGAAGGUUUGGUUUGGUUGGGAGAAGCCCGACGCUUCGGACAGGACGCGAUCACAAAUGUCUGCAAUGCUUUGGUAGACCAAAAUACUACAGCAGCGGCAAUGAAGCACGUGAAGAAGGCCAUGGAGGGCCUCGAGUGUCACCCAAGCAGCAGCAAAAGAUGCUUGACCGCAAUUUCUUCCUCUCGGUCUUCAGCGCAAGUGCCACGAAACGAGAUGCCAAGGCCUACCUUUCACGGUACAAAGACGACAAAAGGACCAAACUAGACAAGCCAACUUCGAUGCUUUCUCCUUCCGUAGAGCAUGAGAGAAAAGAAAGAUUACAAAAGAGCGGCGUUAAUUUAGGUAGAUUGUAUGGACAGGCCAGGGCCAUAGAGGAGAGCCCGGUAUUUACCCAGUCCAAGUUGCCGGAAGAGUUUAAUCUGGAUAUGAAUGGCCCUCUACACGUCGCUGUGGUCAAGAUACGUGCGAUUGAUGAUCUUGAUAAGCAAACACGAACCGGCGUCGCUAUGACACUUUCACAACUUGCGAGACUAGGCCUGCUCAGCUGUGUGGUAAUUGAACCGUCAGUCAAGGUCAUGGAGAAGAGCUGGACAGAUUGGAGGAAAGUUGUCAUGAGGCAUGCUUUCAAACUUGCCAACGCCAUCAGUGCUCACAGCAAAUCUGGCGCGAGAGUACUUGAUCAGGUGUUAGGGAUUUCUACACAUGGCGAAAAUAUCCAAAGUUCGGUCUCUGUAAAGAGCGAGAUUUCAGUUGUUAUGCACGAAUAUUUAUUGGCAACCCUGCAGCGAGGCUUUAUACCUGUCAUUCCCCCCAUCGCAUACACAGACGGUUUACAAGCCCGUCGAGUUGAAGCAGAUGACAUAAUGUUGGCUCUGACCUUGGAGCUUGCUGGUCUGUCUCGCCCUAUAGACAAACACGAGGCGGAUAAAAGAACUCCAACUUUCGUUGACAAGGUCAUCGUAUUAGAUCCUCUGGGCGGGCUUCCUGCGGCAGACAAGACCGACAGGAGUCAUAUAUUCGUUAACCUUGAGCAAGAGUAUACGAGUGUCCGUAAAGAGUUGUUACAACUGACGCAAGUGUGUCUGGAGCAAGAACACAAAGACAAUAGCAAAUCGAUGGAGGGAAGCACAUCCGAGUCUUUGGCUAAAGUACGAGAGCUGGAGCAACAUGUCAAGAAUCUCAAGCUGAUGAAAAGCUGUCUUGCGGUUCUUCCUCCCUCCUCAUCUGCUUUGCUUACUACUCCUUCCGAAGCCGCAAGCUCAGCACUAUUCAGUAGCACGACCCCAGCUCCAAAUCCAACCGGUUCUAGUGUGGGAACAAGACCGAAGCGUAACCCCCUUAUCCACAAUUUGCUUACGGACAAGCCAACAAUCUCUUCGUCUCUUCCAGUCAGUCGUUUGAGUUCGUCACUCAAGGACUAUGAUUUAGCUUCAAUAAAUACAAAUCUAAUCCCUGCGACCUUCUUCAAGCGGGGCAUGCCACUUACCAUUAUACCCGAUCCCAAGGUCGCUCCCUGGGUACCACCGGGACCAGAGGGUACCUCUUUGCGCCUUGAUUCGGAUCCACGGAUCAAUUUUUCACGCUUAUUACAUCUCAUAGAAGAUUCAUUUGGUCGGCCCCUUGAUGUUAAUCAUUAUUUGUCACGAAUCAAUGGUCGUAUAGCAGGAAUCAUUGUCGCAGGCGAAUAUGAAGGCGGCGCCAUACUCACAUGGGAGGAUCCUUCCCCAGACAACUCGCGGAUUCGGCCAGCCGUGCCAUAUCUGGACAAAUUCGCUGUUCUGCGCAAAUCUCAGGGAAGCGGGGGUGUUGCAGAUAUAAUUUUCAACGCCAUGGUGCGGACUUGUCUACCGGAUGGUGUUGUGUGGAGGAGCAGGAAGAAUAACCCAGUCAACAAGUGGUAUUUCGAACGAAGCGUAGGCACGUGGAAGUUGGCCAACAGUCAAUGGUGCAUGUUCUGGACCGGAAAUGAUAUUGAUUUUACGAACACUGAUAGGUCUGAAGAUGAAAAGAUUGAAAGAUGGAAGGACUAUGUCAACGUUUGCUCCCGCAUCGAAGCUAGCUGGGCAGACAGACAUGACAAACCCCCGGACUGAAGAUCGUCCAGCUCAGCGCAGCUGGACCCAUCCAGUAUAUGUUAAGAUGUUAGCGCCUUGAAGUAGUGUUGAAGAGUCAUAAAUACCAUAAAGGGUGAACAUCAGCUGAGAACUUUUGGAGUUCAAAUUAAAUUUUCUACCUUUCUGACAGAGGCUUGACAUUUCUC